AUGGAAUUAUUUCCUAUUUUAUCAGUUACAGGAAGCCCAAUUGCUGAGCCGCAGUACAAUGUCCAAGAUUUCUUCUCAUCACGUAUCGUUGGUGGCAUAGAAGCACCCCCCGGCUACGCUAACUACAUGGUGGCGUUGGUCUUUGGAGACCUCUUUCGAUACGUGGCGUGCGGCGCUUCUAUUAUAUCGUCGACGCAUGUUUUGACCGCUGCCCAUUGCAUUGACCCAUUCGUCGACUUUUCGGGAAAUCUACUUCCAUCAUUCCGAGGUUCUUUGGGUUCAAACUACUGGGAAUCAACGCAGUACAUAAUAAACUUCAGGGGUCAUAUCAACCACCCAGCCUGGAACAGACAAACCAUUAAAAAUGAUAUUGGUAUCCUCUUUACGAGAGACGAGAUAAAGUUCAAUGACGUCAUAGGUCCCAUUCCCCUCAAAUUCGAUCACGUUGAAGGUAGUAUCAAAAGUUUCGUCACCGGCUGGGGUGACCCUUGGCUUCAUGGGCCAACGCCCGAUGCUCUCAGAUUGUUGUAUACGAGUACGAUAACAUCCAAGCAGUGCGUAGCGGAUGUUAGAAACGCCUCGAUCCACCUGGGGUCGGCUCCCCCCCAUGACCCCGCUGUGGAAAUUUGCGCGUUACAUUCGUACGGCCGCGGCAUGUGUCAUGGAGACUCCGGAAGUGCCCUGGUGACGUUUGACAGCAAAGAGCAGAUCGGGAUCGUGUCCUGGGGUUUCCCAUGCGCACGUGGCGCCCCAGACAUGUUCGCUAGGGUUAGCGCCUACAUAGAAUGGAUCAGUGACGUCAUGAGAAAUAACUGA